AUGAGGCGCGUCGCAGGCAAUACUCUUGGUGAUGCUGCUCUCAAAAGCCUCUGGAUUAAGCGUUUACCAGAGUUCGCGCAGCCAGUAGUAGCAGCUUCGUCUGGCUCAGCCGCGGAGUACACGAAGAUAGCCGACACCAUAAUAGACGCCAUCGCACCUCAGCAGCUCAAUCGCGUUAAGUCAACACCCUCCAGCGAGAUUCAUGAAUUACGCGCUGUUGUUAUGGAACUUGGCAAAAAAUUCGACAAGCUCACAACUCGCUCACGCUCGCAAAGUCGUAGGCGAACAAACAUACGACAGAAUUCAAACGCUCGCGACAGCUCUAAAGGGGUUACAUCAUCGCGAGAAUCAUCUUCAGCCCGGGACUGUUGGUAUCAUCUAAAAUACGGCCGAGAUGCUAAGAAAUGCCGCAGUCCUUGCCGCCAGAGCUAA